AGAGGAGCAGCGGCAAUCAGCAAGUGCAGGGCGUUCUCCAGCGRUACAAAAGCCUCUCCUGUGUGAGCYAGAGCUCAGAGCAGUGCAGGGAUGUGCAGGUGUGUGUACACAUAGCGAGGCAAGGUGCGAAUAUCCUCUCAGCCAGAUCAUCUCUUGCUCAACUCCUCGGCCCUGUGCAGCCCAGCAGAGCUUUUGCUUUUCCUUUCAYGGCUCAUCUCCAAACAUGCCUCCAGAGCAGACCUUCUGAGGAGCUUCUGCCURAAAACAGCUUCUCUCCAAGAAGAGGUGGUGACGAGCAGCAUGGUGGGGAUAAUGGCAAUGAGGACGUGGAUUGAGCCCGUGGUGGSGGGUUCCCAAGUGGCCAGUGCCUUCUACGACACGGCCCUGCUGCUGGUGGUGAAGAACUACUACAACCAGACCAACAGCACUGCUCCCUCCCAGGCACUGGAAGAUGCUCAGCAGAAGGCUGUAUCUAAUUUCUACAUCAUCUACAACCUAGUWCUGGGCCUGAGCCCGCUGGUGUCAGCCUACGGCUUGUCCAAGCUGGGGGACAGGAUGCAUCGGAAAAUCCCCAUCGGCAUCCCUCUCCUUGGUUAUUUGGGCUCCAAAACUCUCCUGCUCCUCGUGAUCCUGCUGGGCUGGCCAGUGGAGGUGAUGUACGGGGCUGCUGCCUUCAAUGGGCUGACAGGAGGCUUCACCACRCUUUGGGCAGGAAUCAUGGCUCUGGGAUCCCUGGGCUCCUCCGAGAGCAGGAGGUCCCUGCGGCUCAUCAUYAUUGAGCUGGUGUACGGCCUGGCUGGCUUUCUGGGAAGCAUGGCUUCUGGCUACCUCUUUGUUGGCUUCAGUGACCACUAUCGAGAAGGCACCGUGCUGGUGUGCUGCAGCAUUGCUUGCUAUGCUUUCUGUCUCCUCUACAGCAUUUUUGUGCUCACAGUCCCCAAGCCAGCAGCUUCCUGCCCUGCCAAAGCCAAGGGUGCAGAGGAGGUGGGUGGUCAGCUACCAGCCCACACAGAAGCAGCAGCAGCAGGGAGUUCCCAGCCUUCAGAGAGCAGCAUCUCCACUCGAGUAUCCCCCUCCAAACUCACCAUCAUCCUGCUGUUCGUGGCAGCAAUCCUCUAUGACUUUGCUGUGGUCGGUGCAAUGAAYGUGCUCCCGCUGUUCUUGCUCAGGGAACCUUUAAGUUGGAAUGCUGUGGAGAUCGGCCAYGGGAAUGCCGCCGGAUAUGUGAUCUUUGUCACCAGUUUCCUAGGGGUGUUCGUGUUCUCCAGAUGCCUGAGGGACGUUACCAUGAUCAUAAUAGGAGUAGUAUCGUUCAGCGCUGGCAUCCUCAUCAUGGCCUUCGUGCAGUGGACGUUCCUGUUCUACAUUGCACGGGCAGUGAUGCUCUUCGCCCUCAUCCCCUUACCAACCAUCAGAUCCAUGUUGUCUAAGCAUGUCGAAGGAUCAUCCUAUGGUAAGGUGUUUGUCCUGCUGCAGCUCUCKUUAGUCACCACGGGAGUAGUGACAUCUACAGUCUACAACAAGAUCUAUCAAAACACACUGGACUGGUACAGUGGCUUCUGCUUCAUUUUGUCUUUUCUAGUUGGCUGCCUGACUCUCGUUCCUUUAAGCUUUGUGGCCAUCAAACAACAGUCAACCACUGGCUCCCUUCAGAUUCUGACUGAGUAACAGAGGCAUCUUUUGGUCCUUACCAACCUCUACGAMCGUGGAACAUUUGACAAGCAUUAGUCUUUACAGUUGCCAACACUGCAGAAUGUACAGCAUUUGUAUUUCAAUUUCACAGCAUGCCCCAGUCUCUCAGCCACUAAGCUUGCUCAGAAAGUGUUUUUUGCCUUGUUAUUUCUGCAGUACCUCAUCUUGCAGAGAUUGGCUAUUGCACACUAGCAGUCCUCAGAGCAUCCUGCUUUUUGCUAGGCUGGCUAGCAGUACCAAAGAGGGACAGGAAUACAGGCUAGAAAUGAAAAUGGCAUUUCUAGACACAUCUCUCAGUGUGGAACAGGGAAAGCAGAUUGAUUUUUCAUUAGUUUCUUCUGUCUGUUCACUCGGAAACCUCAGGGCAUUUCUUUGACUUUGGCUGAUGAAACAGGGAGCUGCAAGCCACAUGCCAUGUGCACAGGGCCAUCAGCAGGACACAGCAGCUCUCCACCUGCUACAGAAGAUGUGAUUAGCCCAGCCAAUUAAUGUUACAUAAAAGACCAUUAAACAGGAAAUACCACCAUAAAAAUAUGUAAGAUGAACACAAUUUUUGUAAUCCCUACAAUAAAACACCCUUGAAUGGAUGUUCCAGACCUUGACUUCUGUGAGAUUGUCCCACUGUCCCUGGACAGCACUUUCACAGAGCUCAUGCAAGGACUAAGGCUCAACAGCUAAUGCUGGUGUUUCAGCUCACCACCACAAUGUGUUACUCUUGCAAAGGUUAAGAACAGGUAAGCACAGCACACAGUUCCAACAGGCUUUUUGGAGGUGCAGGGACACUGAUACCACAUCACAGUCACCUUUUUACCUCAGCUUUAAUCUGGGUUGGAAAGGAACCUCAUACAAUACAGCAACUAGCAUGWGAUGAUGUCGCAUAAACCCAAACAUGAGUCAAAAGUCUGGCAUCUCACAAAGAUGUAUCUGCUUACGUGCUAAUUGAACUAAGAAGGAUUAAAUGGCUUCCAAAGUCCGGGACUAAGUAAAGGGAAUUUAAAAGCCCUUCAAUAGCUGAAAUAAUCUGGAUGCAAAUCAGGCAGCUUCAGUUCAAGACAGGCAUGUAGUAGGUGGAAGCUGGCUCAUCACURCACAACUCUUGCUCUGAGCAAGUUGCUGCCACCCUGUCCACCACAUAUACACAAUCCUUCCUCAGCUCCUUCACUUGCAGUACCAGAAGUAAUGCAGCAACAGGUCAAGUGGCUUCUAGUUAAAUCAACUGUGAAGUGAGAUUUUAGGAGAAAGGUAUUUCUGCAGUAAGAUAAGUGAGCUGC